CAAAGUCUCACAAUUACCUCGAUCAUGUCAGUCAAAGAAGCCCUCAAAGAAAGUUUGAUAAGUUUUUUUGAGUACAAAACUCCGAAAAUAGUUCACAUUAAGAGCAAACGUGUGGGAGUUUUGAACAGAAUCAUACAGACCCUGAUCAUCGCCUAUAUUAUUGGUUUUGUUAUAAUUGCGAAAAGAGGUUAUCAGGAGUUCUCGGGAAUCGAGAGUUCGGUCACCACUAAAGUCAAGGGAAUUGUGUCCACAAAAAAUCUAACCGCCGAUGACUUUAAUGAUAACUAUAAAGACGAUAAGGACCUAUAUAUCCGUGUGUGGGAUAUCUCAGACCUGGUUGUGCCCGCAUCGGAAAAUGGAGCCUUCUUUGUGACCACAAAUAUGAUAAUAACACCGAAUCAGACGCUAGGCAUCUGUCCCGAAGACGCAGACGUUUCUGACGCUGUCUGCGACCCAAAAGUGAAGGACUGGUGCGUCGAUAAAGUGUUUCAAUUAGGACAUGGUGUUUCCACGGGAAAGUGUGUCAACUCUUCGCGCAAAGACGUGCACACGUGUCAGAUCGAGGGCUGGUGUCCGGUCGAGAAGGAUGACUACCCCCUGAAGAACAAUACACCGAUGUUUACGGCGACCAAGGAUUUCACGGUUUUGAUCAAAAAUAGCAUUAAUUUCAACAGUUAUAACGUCCGGCGAAGGAAUAUCAUCGAAAUCGACAACUCGUCCAAACUUCAGGACUGCACUUAUCAUCCGGACUACAACCCGGGAUGUCCUGUGUUUGUGCUGAACGACAUCGUGAAGGGCGCCGGCCAGGACUACGACACCAUUUCACAGUACGGCGGAGUUAUCGGCAUUGAAAUCAAUUGGGACUGCAAUCUGGACUUCGAUGUCAAAUACUGUGUCCCCAAGUAUUCAUUCAAGCGAUUGGAUGACCCAUACACACAGAUAGCCAAGGGUUGGAACUUUCGUUACGCCUAUUAUAAUAGCAAUUAUCGCACUCUAUAUAAGGCGACGGGUAUUCGGUUUGUACUUCUGGUGAGCGGUUCCGCCGGAAAAUUCAAUUUCAUUCCUCUGGUCAUUAAGAUUGGCUCAGGACUUGGAUUACUAGCUAUUACCACUAUUAUCUGUGAUAUCGUUGUCCUGUAUCUCCAGAAGGGAGGCAAGUAUUAUAAGGACAAGAAGUUUCAAUACGUGGAACAAGUGGACAAUGACUACACGGAUGUAUUGGCAACUAAUUUGAGGAAAAGGACCGCAUCUAACGAACAAAAUACACCCCUUUCGGACUCGUGAGUACAACUGACACAAGUGUACCACUGAUUAACAUAAAGACAAACCGGA